AUGGGGAAUAAGCAGACGAUCUUCACGGCGCAGCAGCUUGAUGCGUAUCAGGACUGCACAUUCUUCACAAGGAAGGAAAUUCUAAGACUAUUCGACCGUUAUCGAGACUUGGCACCACAGCUCGUUCCUCUCGACUACACAGACCAGCCAGAUGUGAGGCUACCAUACGAGCUCAUUGGCAGCAUGCCAGAACUGAAGGACAACCCGUUCCGCCAGAGGAUCGCUGAGGUUUUCUCGGAGGACGGAGAAGGAAACAUGACCCUGGAUGACUUCCUGGAUAUGUUCUCUGUGCUGAGUGAGAUGGCUCCACGAGAUCUGAAGGCCUACUAUGCAUUUAAAAUCUACGACUUCAACAAUGAUGACUUCCUGUGUAAGUCUGACCUGGAGAAGACGCUGAACAAGCUGACGCGGAAUGAGCUAACGGAGGACGAGGUCAGGAUGGUAUGUGAGAAGGUGAUCGACGAGGCCGACCUGGACAACGAUGGACGUCUCUCACUGGAGGACUUCCAGCACAUGAUCGUCCGUGCUCCAGACUUCCUCAGCACCUUCCAUAUAAGGAUAUGA